AUGUCGUACAAGAUUGGAAAAUUUAGAAGGCCACUCAACCCGCCGAUUGUAGGGAGAUUAGCAAGAUACAUCAAACCACCACCAAGGACCUUCACUGAACAACAGUGUGUCUAUCUCAAGAACGCCCUGGCCAAGCACCCUGAUUUGGCAGCCCGUUUCACAACUAUCAUUGGCAAUGAAGACAAAAUCCAAAUCGCAGAACCAGGCAGUGAUACUGUUGGCUCCCUUGCUGACCCGGCAACACUUGGCACUCAGAUGGCUGUGCCCCUCCUUCAGCCGACUAACACCCGCCGUGAAACUCUUCCAAUAAAACCCCCCCUCUCGCCCUGGGCCUAG